AUGAACAAAGAUGCGGAUGUUGCCUCUGCUGGAACCGAGCCCGUCCCGUCGGCAGAGAGAGAGGGAUCGGCGACAGGGGGAAGCCACGGAGGCGAUCCCCGCGCUGAGCAUGCCGCAACCAAGGAGUCCGAGGCGGCGGCAUCGCAACACCAUCUGACGCUGCUCCAGCCGACCGUGGUCGAAGUUUCUGCAGCCGUGCUGGAUAAGGACAAGGUGGGGGAGCACGAGUCGAUGGAGGAUCCUAACCACAGCAUCGCCGACGUCGGUGGCUCGCCUCCUUCUGGUGGACGGGGGAGGCGUAGGCAGAGGAAGAGCGAUGGGGAGGACGAUUAUGACACCGCCGUGCCCGGGGACCUCACCACGCGGGCGAAGAGGCGGCAGACGACAGGCACUGCUGACGACGCCGGAGGCGCGGAAGUUGGGACAACGCGAGGCGCCAAGGAAGCUAGAGGCAAGGCGGGCGGUCAAGCAUUGCGCCAGAAGGGCCGACCCGCAGCAAGAAAAACAUCCGGCGGAAGGAGAGGCAAGAAAGCAGCGACGGGGACGAGGCCGAAACGGGGCGAUGAAGACCCUGGUGAUGCGGAGGAGGAGGACGAUGAGGAGGAGGAUGCGGAGGAAGAGGAGGAUGAAGAGGAUGCGGAGGAGGAUGACGCGGAUGUUUGGGAGGAUGAAAAAGAUGAGAAUGAUGGCGGGGAGGACGAAGAGGAGGAGGAGGAGGAGGAGGACGAGGAGGAUGAGGAGGAGGAGGAGGAGGAGGAGGAGGAGGAGGAGGAGGAGGAGGAGGAGGAGGCGGAGGAGGAGGAGGCAGAGGAGGAGGAGGAGGAGGAGGAGGAGGAGGAGGAGGAGGAGGAGGAGGAGGAGGAGGAGGAGGAGGAGCAGGGUGACGAUGAGGAGGAGGAUGAAGAGGAGGAGGAGGAGGAGGAGGAGGAGGAGGAGGAGGAGGAGGAGGAGGAGGAGGAGGAGGAGCAGGGUGACGAUGAGGAGGAGGAUGAGGAGGAGGAGGAGGAGGAGGAGGAGGAGGAGGAGGAGGAGGAGGAGGAGGAGGAGGAGGAGUAG